AUGUCUGUAGCACCUAUCAGCGGCAAAUGGGAUGCCAGGUACAUUGGACCUGUUCCCCAUGACAUCUCCUACUACUCCAAGUGCAUGCUAGGUGGUGUCCUUGCUUGCGGUAUCACGCACGCCGGGAUUACACCUUUGGACGUCGUGAAAUGCAACAUGCAGGUAGACCCCGGAAAAUACAAGGGCCUCGGUCAGGGCUUCAAGACGGUUAUCGCUGAAGAAGGUUCAAAAGGCCUCUGGAAGGGCUUCGGCCCGACUUUCGUCGGUUACUCCUUGCAGGGCAUGUUCAAGUACGGUCUAUAUGAAGUGUUCAAAGACUUCUACAUGAACUUGGCCGGUGAGGAGGCUUCGGAGAAGUACAAGCCCGCUAUCUGGCUUGCGGGUUCUGCCUCUGCCGAGGUCUUCGCCGAUAUCGCCCUCUGCCCGCUCGAGAUGACAAAAGUCAAGAUCCAGACAAGUCCCAGUGGUACCUUCCCGGUCGGCUUCGGCGCUGCUCUCGCUCAGAUGCGCGCCACCAAGGUUGAGACCCGUUUCCCCUUCGGCUCCCUCGUUCCCUUGUGGUCGCGACAGAUCCCCUACACAAUGGCGAAGUUCUUCUUCUUCGAGAAGAUUGUCUCCCUCUUCUACACCCACGUCUUCACUGAGCCCAAGUCCUCCUACAGCAAGGGGACUCAACUCGGUGUUACUUUCGCUUCUGGUUACCUUGCUGGUGUUGUCUGCGCUAUCGUCUCGCACCCUGCGGAUUCCCUAGUUUCGCUCCUCGGAAAGGCUGAGAACAAGGGCAAGGGCGUUGGACAAAUCGCUAGCGAAGUCGGAAUUGCUAAGCUCGCCACAAAGGGUUUGGGUACUCGUGUCCUGAUGAUUGGUACUUUGACUGGCUUCCAAUGGUGGAUUUACGACUCGUUCAAGGCUGCCAUGGGUAUGGGAACAACCGGUGGCAAGUAA